AUGAAGCUCCGCUUGACAAUAGUGGUGUCCCUAUUUCUCGGUCUCACUCGAGCGGACAAUGCCAACUCCACACCAGUAUACAAGAAUCCUCAUGCUAGCGUCGACGCUAGAGUCGCGGAUCUGCUCUCACGAAUGACAUUGCAAGAAAAGACUGCGCAACUAAUACAAGGCGAUAUCUCGAACUGGAUCAACACCACAACCAACGCGUUCAAUGCAACCGGUCUAGCGUGGAGCAUGGCCAAUCGCGCCGGGCAAUUCUACGUCGGAUACCCUGCUCCACAGCAGUGGAUCAACGAGGGCGUGAAGAAAGCCCAAGAGUACCUGAUGCACAACACGACCUUAGGAAUACCCGCUCUUGUUCAGAGCGAAGGAAUCCACGGGUUUCUCAUCGGCAAUGCGACGAUCUUUAACUCUCCGAUCGGUCAAGCGUGUUCUUGGAAUCCGAAAUUGGUGCAGAAGAUGGGUGCAGCUAUUGCCCAGGAAGCGCUUGCCCUUGGCGUCAAUCAGAUCUUUGCACCGCUUGGAGAUCUGGCGCGUGAACUUAGGUAUGGGAGAGUUGAGGAGACGUUCGGAGAAGAUGGAUAUUUGGCUGGAGAGAUGGGAUAUUCAUACGUGAUAGGCUUGCAAGGAGGAAACGUCAGUGCGACAAUCAAACAUUUUGCCGCAUAUGGAACACCCGAGCAGGGCUUAAAUGCUGGACCUGUGCAUGGCGGGGAGAGAGAACUUAGAACCACCUACUUACCGCCGUAUAAACGUCAAAUUAUUGAUGCUGGAGCUUAUGCGAUCAUGACCUCCUAUGCGGCUUACGAUGGGGUCCCGUUGAUUGCUAAUUACCACAUUUUGACGGAGAUCUUGAGGGAGGAGUGGGGGUACAAGUACUGGACAACGAGUGACGCCGGUGCGACUGAUCGACUCUGCUAUGGCUUCAAGAUGUGUCAAUCAAAUCCAACCGAUCAGGAGGCUGUUACCCUUUAUGCCCUUAACGCAGGAAAUGACGUCGAGAUGGGAGGCGGAACUUAUUGUUUCGCUACCAUCCCAGCACUUGUUAAGGCGAAAAAGUUGAGUAUUGAUGUUGUGGAUACAGCCGUUUCUCGUCUCUUGUGGGCAAAGUUUGCCAUGGGACUAUUCGAGAACCCAUAUCUGGGCGUUCCGGCGGAGCAAGCGGCGUCGAAAAUCCAUACUCCAGAGACGAUUGCCCUCGCUCGAGAGCUUGAUGGCGAAUCAAUCGUUUUACUUGAGAAUCAUGAUAAUGUUCUCCCGUUGAAGAAAUCCGCCAACAUAGCCGUCAUUGGACCAAUGGCUCAUGGAUUUAUGAACUAUGGCGAUUAUGUUGUCAAUGCGAGUCAAUUCAGAGGUGUCACACCACUUGAUGGAAUCAAAGCUGCAAGCACAGGAGUUGUGACUUACGCCAAGGGAUGUGAGCGCUGGUCGAACGACCAAUCUAUGUUUGCGGAAGCUAUAUCGACAGCCCAAACGGCAGAUGUUGCAGUUGUUGUGGUUGGGACUUGGUCGCGUGACCAAGUACAACUCUGGCAGGGACUGAACGCUACUACUGGAGAACAUAUCGACACUGCCUCACUAAACCUUGUCGGUGCGAUGCCACAUCUUGUUUCUGCCAUUAUCAAGACAGGGAAACCAACUGUAGUUGUUUUUUCUUCCGGGAAACCUAUCACUGAAGCCUGGAUUUCACAGAACGCUUCAGCGCUCGUUCAGCAAUUCUAUCCAUCAGAAGAAGGCGGGAAUGCUCUAGCAGAUGUUUUGUUCGGAGAUAUCAAUCCAAGUGGGAAGCUGUCUGUUGGGUUUCCAUAUGAUGUUGGAACGAUGCCAGUUUACUACGAUUACUUGAAUACUGGUCGGGGCUCCUCUCCUGGUCAUGAGUACGACAAUGGUACUUUGGUAUUUGGGCCGGAGUAUGUCCUCAAUUCGCCGAUGCCUUUGUACGAGUUUGGAUACGGGAAGUCGUACUCCACCUUUCAUUAUUCGGACUUGAAGCUCUCUAAGACGAAUGCGACGACGACAGAUUCCACCAUGGCAACUGUUCAAGUUACGAACAACUCGACUCGAGAUGGCACUGAGGUCAUUCAGCUAUAUGUCCGUGAUCUGAUCACAAGCAUUACUGUCCCGAAUUUGAUGUUGAAAGGCUUCUCCAAGGUUCCCAUUCGGGCGGGGGAAACGGCGAUAGUUCAGAUUCCGUUGGAAAUUAAAGACCUGGGGUUGUGGGAUAUUAGGAUGAGGUAUGUAGUGGAACCUGGCGACUUUAUGAUAUUCGUUGGGAGCUCGAGUGCGGACCUCAGAUCUAAUGCGACUCUUACCGUGGGUUGA